ACGAGAAGCCUCAUUCGCAAAGAAACUGUGCUCGAGUGUAGACGUGUAUCUUCGUCGUCCAUGUUGCAGAGCGGCGUUCCAACGCCAGAUAAUUUAUUCAACGUGAAAGUAUUUUUCAGUGUAAAAAUAGCACUAAAUAGGUGUAAAAGUGAAUAGCGAGCCAACAAACUACACGCCACAAGAUGGCGGACGACGAGCAGUUCUCACUGUGUUGGAAUAAUUUCAACACGAAUUUAUCAGCUGGAUUCCAUGAAUCCCUCGUACGAGGCGACCUGGUGGACGUCACACUGGCCGCCGAAGGUCAACUAGUUAAGGCACACAGACUCAUCCUAUCAGUAUGCUCACCGUACUUCCGGAAAAUGUUCACCCAAAUGCCUGCAAAUCAGCACGCAUUCAUUUUCCUGAAGGACGUCAGUCAUUCAGCACUGAAGGAUCUCAUCCAGUUUAUGUACUGUGGGGAGGUGAACGUGAAGCAGGAUGCCCUGCCCGCGUUUAUUAGUACGGCGGAAGCGCUACAAAUUAAAGGACUGACUGAAACGGGAGAGAGCGCGCCCACCCAACCAUCACCCGCCAAAGAAACCACCUCCCACCUACCACCGUCGGCAAGUUCGACGACCAUUCCAUCUCUAGCGUCCUCACCGCGGACGAAACCUAUCGUGCGUAGUCGCAACCAGUCGUACAAGUUCGACUCGGACGACGGAAGCGAUCACGAGAAAGUAGUACAAAUUCAAGCCACCUCCACCCCUGCCUCCGUAGUCAGCGCCAGCAGUAGCACAGUGACCACUCAGAUCAGUGUGCCCCAGCAGGUGCAAAUCCUACAGCAACCGACCCAGCAAGCCCAGAAACGCCCCCUCCAACAACGAGCCUCUAUCACACCGCAAACGACUCAAGUUCUGAAACGAGCCAAGCUCACUGAUCCGCUCGAAGCUUCCGAACCGGCCCAGAUUCAGACUGUCCAAAUUGUGAAGCAAAUCACGCAAACUCCGCAGCCCUCGGUCUCCUCCGAACCGGAAUACGUCGAAAUGCCAAUCGAAACUAUCAACCCGAAAGCGGAACCGGAAUACGCGGACGAUCCAUCGGAAGUUGAAGCGAUCGACACGGAACACGAACAGGAGCAUUCACUAGCGGAACAGGACACAACGGAACACGAUCAGGCAGAGGACGAUUCGGCACAUUACGUUGAAGAUGAGACGUAUGGUGAUAUGAGCAAAUAUGACGAAACAUACUUCGCAGAGGGUGAGGACGCAAAGGCUGGCGCUUCUGGGUUCAGUGAAUCGUACGCAGAAAGUGGCACCGGAGCGGACCAGGCAGCACAAGAUACUGGUUGUGAAGUAAAACAAAGAUCGUUUAUAAUCAUAACCAAGCGACAAAAAUCCGAACAUUCAAAGCAAUCCUUCCUACAUCGAGUUGCUCAAAAACCAGACAGUGUUCCGGGAUUCAAAUUCCCCAUAGAAACCGAAAGCGACAUCGAGCGGCUGGAGAAAGCUAUCCGCACCAGCCCGGCAAUGCGUCAAAAAUACAUUGAUCACCUAAAUCGGAUAAAAAAGCUGGGUAAGGACGUACCGAUCGAAAACCUCUUCAAGUUGGUUUUCUUCGAUGAGGCUCUGAUCGGAUACAACUACAACGGAUAUUGCAAUAGUCGCCGGGAGAAGAAGCACGCGAUGAAAAACUAUGAUAUUUUUUCCACCUGUUUCCACGAGGCCUGGUUACAGCAUGGCGUUACGGAAAAAGCAAUCCGGCAGAUGAUGGGUAAAGUUGUACGUAAGGUACAUGGCCGCAACCGUUUCCGCCGGUACAAGGAUCGUAUUCGGGAGAAGAAAUUGAUUGGAAAAACUGUUCAUGUGGAGAACGAGGAUACUGAAUAAAAAAAUUCUGACAUUUCUGCACACAGCAUUCGAAUUAUAUUGCAGUACUAGUUUUUUUAUUAGUAAAUUGGAUCGGUAACCAUUAUUUUGCUGAAACAUUUUACUAUAUUUUAACACAAUUUCAGACUUCAACGUCCGAAAUGUGUCCGCAUUCACUAUAUUUCCUUUGUUUAAAACGUUCACGGUACAAGUCUGAGCAGCGGCAAAGCACGUGUUUAACGUUCGUUAUGAUUGGUUCGUAAUCAAAAAUAAUAAAUGGUUUUUCCACUUGA